UCCUUUUUGCCCUCACAAUUAGAGAGAGAGAGAGAGAGAGAGAGAGAGAGAGAGAGAGAGAGAGAGAGAGAGAGAGAGAGAGAGAGAGAGAUGGAAAAGGUAUUUGCAAUUCUUUUGCUAUGCUCUAUGGUAAUGGCUAUUCCGGUAGUUCACAGCAUCGACGAGAGCCCAGAAGCAGUGGCGGAGUGGUUCGAAUACCUCCCCAAAAUGGAGGAGAAGCUGACAAAGCUUCAGUUCUAUUUCCAUGAGCAAGUGAGUGGUAAAAAUCCGACUGCUGUGAAGGUAGCCUAUGCGAACAUGACCUUCCAGUCUCCCACCUUGUUUGGGCUAGUUGUGGUGAUCGACGAUGCACUGACAGUCGGGCCGGAUCCCAACUCCGCAAUAGUGGGCCGAGCCCAGGGGAUUUAUGAAUCAGCUGACCUAGUGGAUGGAGUUGCAGUGAUGAGCUUGAGCUUUGUUUUCACCACUGGUGAAUACAACGGAAGCACUCUCAGCCUUUUGGGCCGGAACGCGGUCCUUCAUCCGUACCGCGAAAUGCCCAUCGUUGGAGGGUCUGGAGUUUUCCGGCUAGCGCGUGGAAUCGCCACCGCCAAGACGUAUUUUUUCAAUGCCACUUCUGGUGAUGCUAUCAACGAGUACAAUGUAGCUGUCCUUCAUUAUUGAGUGAGUUUAAUUUGGUCGACAAAAAUAAUUGCUAAUAAGUCGUGUGGACACAUUUUUGUGUUUGAACUUGACCUUGUACCAUUUUGUAGUGUCCAUCUUUUUGGUGGAUUUGUUUUACUCCGAUUGAGCUAGAGCCUAUCA